AUGCAAUUUUUUAAUGAUCUUAAAAGCAAAAAUCCAAAUGUUCGAAAUCGCGCAGCGAAUGAGCUUUACGACUUCGUGGUAACUUCUUCCCGCGAAUUAUCCAGAGAGGCCCUAAACAAACUGAAUAAUGACAUUAACAAAAAAAUCUACGAAUUGAUUCACAGUUCAGAUAAUAGUGAUCGACUGGGCGGUGUUACUGCAAUCAAUCGACUUAUAGAUUUCGAGGGUUUAGAAGACACAACUCGGAUCACUAGAUUCGCCAACUACCUUCGCAUUGUUCUUCCAGGAAAUGACCUUCAGGCAACUAAACUUGCUUCUCAGGCGUUGGGUCGACUAGCUGUUCCUGGUGGUGCUUUAACUUCAGAGUUUGUUAACUUUGAAGUCAAACGUGCUCUGGAAUGGCUACAAGGUGAGCGACAUGAAAAUAGACGUUAUGCUGCCGUUCUUAUUCUUAAGGAACUAGCACAUAACACAUCAACCUUAAUUUAUUCUCAUGUCGCUUCUAUCAUUGAGUUAAUUUGGUAUGGUCUUCGAGAUCCAAAGGUUUUAAUUCGAUGCGCUUCAGCAGAAGCUCUAAGCGAAUGUUUAGAAAUCAUCCGUCACAGAGAUGCCUCUAUUCGGAUACAGUGGUACUCAAAAAUUCUAAGUGAAGCCCAGCGUGGAAUGACUUUAAAUUCCGUUCCCGCUAUCCAUGGCAGUUUACUUGCGUAUCGACAGCUGUUUCUAAAAUCUGGUAUGUUCAUGCAUGAGCGAUACACAGAAGUUUCUACUAUGAUCUUGCGUUAUAAAGAUCAUCGCGACCAACUCGUUCGUGCGACGGUGACUGAACUCAUUGCAACUUUAGCCGCCUAUAGUCCUGAUGAGUUUGUUAGCAUACAUCUAAAUCAAUGUAUGAUGUACUUGUUAGCUCUUUUAAAAAAGGAAAAAUCGAAAAUCCUGGCGUUUACCACUAUUGGAAAAAUUGCUAUGGCUGUUUCCUUUAGUAUAUGCCUGUAUUUGGAUCCCAUAUGUUCCGCUAUCAAAGAAAGUCUUUCCAUGUGUGUUAAAAGCCGUGCAGUUCCAGAUGCCUCUCUGUUUCAAUGUAUCAGUAUGUUGGCUAUUGCUUUAGGGCAAAGCUUUACAAAGUACGCAUACGAUCUUUUUGACCUUAUUUUUGCUUGCGGCCUUUCAGAACCCGCCUAUCAAACUUUGUCAGACGUCUCUCAUCACAUUCCUGCUCUAUUACCUGCUGUUCAAGGUCGUCUGCUUGACACUUUGAGCAUCAUAUUAAGCAAGAGACCAUUCGUUCCCCCUGGCUGUCCUGAUGAGUUUGCCUCCAGAAUUGUUCAAUCAUACAAAAAGCCUGUCGCCUUAUAUCCCAAUUACGAUGAUUCGGUCUACUCUUUAGCCUUGAAAAUCUUAGGAGACUUUGAUUUUUCUGGUUACAUUUUAAACGAGUUUGUCAAAGACUAUGUUGUGACGUAUUUGGAAAAUAGCAAUAUUUUGGUUCGAAAAACGGCAGCAGUUACGAGUUGUCAGCUUUUGGCAAAAGAUCCAAUUCUGUAUCAAACGAGUGAUCAUGCUAUCCAAGUUGUCGCAGAAGUUCUUGAAAAGCUACUCACGGUGGGAAUUGCGGACAUGGACGCUGAUAUUCGGUUAAUUGUUCUAACUUCACUCGAUUCUCGUUUUGAUAAACAUUUGGCUCAGGCGGACAAAAUCCGUCUUCUCUUUAUCGCCUUGAAUGAUGAAGUUUUUGUCGUUCGGGAAGCUGCCUUAAGGAUUCUGGGCCGUUUGGUAUUACACAAUCCAGCCUAUGUUAUGCCCUUUUUAAGGAAAUAUUUGAUGAAGCUUUUAGCCGAACUAGAUUACACAACGGUUGUCCGUGCUAAGGAGGAAAGCGCACUGUUACUUAGCCAGCUUAUCUCUGCGGCGCCAUCUUUGUUUCAAUCGCACGUCGGGACCAUUCUCGGUAUUUUAUUACCAAAAGCAAAAGAUGUAAGUCCUGAUGUGGCUUCUAGCAUUAUUACUGCCAUUGGCGAAAUGUGUAAAGUUGGCGGUGAAGGUAUCUCGCCUCAUAUUCGGCAAGUCAUGCCAGUAAUUAUCGAGACUUUGCAGGAUCAAAGCUCUCCUAUUAAGAGAACAGCUGCGCUGAGAGCACUGGGAAAUCUUUCAGCAAGUGCUGGUUAUGUUAUCGACCCAUACAUUGAAUUCCCAGAGCUCUUGGAUAUCCUUACGAGUAUUAUUAAAUCAGAACAAGAUGUGAAAAUCCGGAGAGAAACCAUUAAGCUUGUUGGCACGCUUGGCGCCUUGGAUCCAAACAAGCAUCAAGUCUUGGAGAAAAGCGCUGAUAAAUAUGCGCCAGAUCAGAAAACCAUUCCCACUGACAUAUCACUAUUAAUGUCAGGAAUUGGCCCUUCUUCGGAAGAGUAUUAUCCAACGGUCGUUAUUAAUGCCUUAAUGGCUAUUUUAAGAGAUUCUUCCUUAAGUGUUCAUUAUACCGCGGUAAUUCAAGCUAUAAUGUACAUUUUUAAAACAAUGGGUCUUCGAUGUGCUCCUUUUCUCUCACAAAUUAUUCCGGAGUUUUUGUCCAUCAUGCGCACUUGCCCAGCUAACAUCUUGGAGUUUUAUUUUCAACAACUUAGUAUAUUAGUUCUGAUCGUAAGGCAACAUAUUCGGAACUUCCUUCCUGAUGUAUUUAAACUCAUUAGAGAUUUCUGGGAUUCGGGUUCAGUGCUACAGUUAACAAUUUUAUCGUUGGUUGAGUCUUUGGCAAAAGCGUUACAAGGUGAAUUUAAGCCUUACUUACCUUCUUUACUCGUGCUGAUGUUACAGGUAUUCGAAAAGGAUACCUCACCUUCAAAUGCUACUACGAAGAAAGUACUUCAUGCCCUUGUUGUUUUCGGUGAAACACUAAGCGAGUAUGUCCAUUUGGCGCUUCCUCCAUUAUUGCGUUUGUAUGAACGCAAUGAUGUCCCUUCGGCUAUUCGUGAAAAUGUUAUUGUCACUCUCGGAAGGCUUUCCACUUCUAUUGACUUUACUGAGUAUGCAUCUAGAAUUAUUCAUCCUAUACUUCGAGUAAUCGCGUCCGGUAAUACUUCACUUCAGCGAACCAGUGUCGAUACGCUAUGUGCUUUGGUAUUUCAAUUGAAAGUGGACUAUGCGGUUUUUAUUCCGAUAGUUGAUAAAUGUUUAAGAGUAAACAGAAUUACUCAUGAAACAUAUUUUGCGUUGGAACAGAAAUUACUCAGCGAAAAACCACUACCGAUUGACUUAAAUCCUUAUGAAAAGUACGAUCCCCCGAAAAUAGAUGUUGUCGCAUCCGCCGCCGAUAUUUCCGCUAAAAAGCUUCCCGUUAAUCAAGAAAUUUUGAGAAAUGCUUGGGAGGCUUCGCAAAGGUCUACGAAGGAUGACUGGCAUGAGUGGAUACGUCGCUUGAGUGUUGAACUCUUGAAGGAAUCACCAUCUCAUGCGUUACGUGCAUGUGCUGCUCUGGCUAGUACAUAUCAACCUCUCGCUAGAGUGCUUUUUAAUGCAAGCUUUGUUUCUUGUUGGUCUGAAUUAUACGAUCAUUUUCAAGAAGAAUUGGUUAAAAGUAUUGAAAUUGCUUUGACAUCGCCUCACAUUCCCCCAGAGAUUCUACAGAUUCUUUUGAAUUUGGCAGAGUUCAUGGAACAUGAUGACAAACCUCUUCCAAUUGAUAUUCGCACCCUUGGUGCAUAUGCUGCAAAAUGUCAUGCAUUUGCAAAAGCUUUGCAUUAUAAGGAACUCGAAUUCAUCGAAGAGGAGUUGGUAACCAAACCCUCCCCAGAUACAGUUGAAGCUUUGAUAUCUAUAAACAAUCAACUCCAACAGCCAGACGCUGCCAUUGGUAUCUUAAAGCAUGCACAGCGACAUGAUCAAAUUAAUUUAAAGGAAGCUUGGUAUGAAAAGCUUCAACGUUGGGAUGAUGCGCUUGCUGCUUAUGAAAAAAGAGAGAAAGAAGGAAACGCAGGCUUUGAAAUUACAAUGGGCCGCAUGCGUUGCCUUCACGCCUUAGGGGAGUGGGAGCGCCUAUCUCAACUUGCUCAAGACAAAUGGAAUCAUUCUGGUCAAGAUGUUCGACGUUAUAUUGCACCGCUUGCUGUUGCUGCAGCUUGGGGCCUUGGACAAUGGGAAUUGAUGGACGACUAUAUUUCGGUUAUGAAGUCUGAAUCUCCCGAUAAAGCUUUUUUUCGUGCAAUUGUUUCGUUGCAUCGUUCUCAAUAUGAUGAAGCUUCUCGAUAUAUCACUAAGGCACGAGAUUUGCUUGACACUGAAUUGACCGCUUUGGUUGGUGAAAGUUAUAAUAGAGCAUAUGGCGUUGUCGUUCGAGUUCAGAUGUUGUCUGAGUUGGAAGAGAUUAUUCGCUAUAAACAGUCCGAAAAUCAUCUUGAGGUUCGGGAGAUGAUAAAAAAGACUUGGGACCGAAGAUUAAAGGGAUGUCAAAGAAAUGUAGAUAUAUGGCAACGAAUGCUUCGUGUCCGUGCUUUAGUAAUUUCCCCUUCAGAAAACAUGGAAAUGUGGAUAAAAUUUGCUAAUUUGAGUCGAAAAUCUGGAAGAAUUGGAUUAGCUGAGAAAUCACUUCAGAUUUUAUUAGAGGACGAUGAAUACAUUGACGGCUCAUCGAAUAAAAAACCGCAUCCUGCGGUUGUUUACGCUCAAUUGAAGUUCCUUUGGUCCGUUAAGAACAAGCGUCAAGCACUUAGUCGAAUGCAGGAGUUUACCUCACAGUUGGUCACCGAAAUUGAUGUUGAUCCAGCACUUUUCGUUCACAACGACUUAUCGAAUAGCCAAAAAUCACCAGAAGAAGUUAACUACUAUUUCCAUUUGCUUGCUCGUUGUUAUCACAAGCAGGGAUUAUGGCAACAAGAAUUAGAAAACAAAUGGGAUUUAGAAGUUGCUUCCCGAGUUCUUCAGUCAUAUCUCUACGCUACUCAGUUUGACUCCACUUGGUAUAAAGCUUGGCAUUCAUGGGCGCUUGCAAAUUUCAACGUCGUUUCUUUCUUGGAAAAAAGUGGAGAUUCGCUGCAAGCCUCUGUUUAUGAACAAUACAUUAUUCCGGCAAUUCGUGGCUUCUUCCGUUCUAUCGCUUUAAGCAAAGGAAAUUUACAAGACACGUUAAGACUACUUAGUCUAUGGUUUAAGUUUGGCAGCAGUAAUGAGGUCAUACGGACUUUAAAUGAGGGCUUUUCCACUGUUAAUAUUGAUAUAUGGCUUGAUGUGUUACCCCAACUUAUUGCUAGAAUCCAUUCGCCCAAACUUAAUGUUAGAAAAUCCAUUCACCAACUUCUGUCCGACGUUGGAAGGGCGCAUCCUCAAGCUCUUGUUUAUCCCCUGACAGUUGCAGCGAAAUCUCAAAGUUCGAGCAGGCAAAAUGCAGCUUUAUCUAUUAUGGAUUCGUUAAAGACGCAUAGUCCCUGCUUGGUUGAACAGGCGCGGAUUGUAAGUCAUGAACUUAUUCGUGUAGCUGUUCUUUGGCAUGAGCAAUGGCACGAGGGUUUGGAAGAGGCAUCGAGGCUUUACUUCGGAGAUCACAACAUUGAAGGAAUGUUUGCUGUAUUGCGUCCUUUACAUGACAUGCUUGAACGAGGACCAGAGACUCUUCGUGAAAUUUCCUUCCAACAGGCUUUUGGAAGGGAUCUUCUUGAGGCUAGGGAGUGUUGCAUUCGUUUUGAACAGACAGGUGACAUUUCGGAUUUGAAUCAGGCUUGGGACUUAUAUUAUCAAGUGUUCAAGAAAAUUCGAAAGCAACUCCCGCAAUUAAUCACACUUGAGCUUCAAUAUGUGUCACCCAAGCUCUUACAUGCUCAUAACUUGGAGCUUGCUGUACCGGGAACGUAUGUUAGCGGAAAACCUAUCAUUAAAAUUAUGAGUUUUAUGCCAACCUUCACUGUUAUUACUUCGAAGCAACGACCAAGGAGAUUUACGAUCAAAGGAAGUGAUGGAAAAGAUUAUCAAUAUCUGCUUAAGGGGCACGAAGACAUUCGUCAAGACGAGCGUGUUAUGCAAUUAUUUGGACUCUGUAAUAAUUUGCUCCAGAUUGAUGCUGAAACUUUUAAGCGCCAAUUGUCAAUCCAGCGUUAUCCGGUUAUUCCUUUAUCUCCAGAUUCGGGUCUCCUUGGAUGGGUUCCUGACAGUGAUACUCUUCAUGUUCUAAUUCGGGACUAUCGAGAAAGCCGCAAGAUUAUGCUUAAUAUCGAACAUCGACUUAUGGUUCAGAUGGCUCCAGACUACGAUAGACUUACCGUAUUGCAAAAAGUGGAAGUUUUUGAAUAUGCUCUUCUAAGUACUACAGGACAAGAUCUUUACAGAGUACUAUGGUUAAAGAGCAGAAGUUCUGAAGCUUGGCUUGAUCGCCGGACGAAUUAUUCAAGAAGCCUUGCAGUUAUGUCAAUGGUCGGUUAUAUACUAGGUCUUGGUGAUCGACAUCCUUCAAAUUUGAUGCUCAAUCGCUACACUGGAAAGAUUAUUCACAUUGAUUUUGGUGAUUGUUUUGAAGUUGCUAUGCACCGUGAAAAGUUUCCAGAGAAAAUCCCGUUCCGUUUAACUCGUAUGCUAGUAAACGCUAUGGAGGUUAGUGGAAUUGAGGGUACUUUCCGUAUCACUUGUGAGCAUGUUAUGCGCGUUCUUCGAGAAAACAAGGAAUCUCUAAUGGCUGUAUUAGAGGCUUUUGUUUAUGACCCAUUAAUUAAUUGGCGACUGGUUACAUCUAAAUCACCUCCAGAUAAGCCUGGCCACGCUGUCCCGAAACAAGAAGAGCUUGUUGAGCCAUAUGGAAACAGUCCUGGCAAAAAGCAUCAUGUUGAGACUGCGGAGGACAAUGAUAACAAGCCGGAGGUGUUAAAUCAGCGGGCAAUUACUGUUUUAAAUAGGAUUCAAAACAAGCUGUCCGGAAGAGACUUCAAACCUAAUAGAAGUCUUGACGUACCUAGUCAGGUGGAGAAACUUAUUCAGCAAGCUACUUCUAUUGAAAAUCUCUGUCUUUGCUAUAUUGGAUGGUGCAGUUUCUGGUAA